AUGACAAGCUUAGACCCGCUGAAAUCCGUCAUGACCAUCGGCAACGUGGAGGACACUUCUCUGGCCCUGCCUUCGGUGAACCAGUACCGCUCCGGACAGCAGAGGGUGUUGGAACAAGUGCAGAAAGUGCGCAGAUCCAAGUCCAGGCAUGGGAGCAGCAGAAGUGGAUCCACCUCGUUAUCUCCCACAGAGUUUAUCUAUGACUCUGUGGAUUCAUUGAAGUCUCCAACGUCUCUCUAUAUGAAUGGAAAUGUUAUUACUGGGAAUGGCUUUUCUCAAGUUGAUAAAUACGGAGGAACUUUGAACUGGAAAUCGAUGAACAACCUUAAAGGCUCUCACAUGAGGAGAAACACUGAAUCGUCCUUCUAUCAGUAUGGAACGCACGCUCCCAUUGGCUCCGUGAGUCAUGGUAAAGCCAUGACCAGUCGCAGUGAACCGGAUCUGGUGCAUCAGCGGAUCAGUACCAAAGGGUCCAGUUCUCCCCAAAAAUUAUCAUUUCAAAAGAGCACCCACAGGGAGAGAGAGAGACCAAGAAGCUUCCACCCGCCACAGCAUAUGCACAACGUCAACGGCACCGUCAAAAGCAAAUCCAACAAGCAGGUGGUACGCACUGUCACCACGACCAAGACUCUCCCAAAACCUGCAGUCCCAGUCCAAGUCCAAGAGACCAAGAAGAAAGAGUUUGUGUGCAAUGGAAACAGUGGUGCAACAGAAAUUACCAUGAAGGAAGCAGUAGAGUAUCUUUCCAAACCUGACGAGAAUUUCCAACAUUGUGGAGCCUCAUACAUUCAGCAUAACGCGUACAUGGACGACAACGCCAAAGAGGAGGUGUUGAAGUACAAUGGGAUCCCACCAAUGAUUUCGUUGCUUCGCAGUCCCAACUCCACACUGAGUCAGACGGCUUCAGCGGCUCUGCGUAAUCUGUCCUUUAAAAACAUUAAAGCUAAAGAGGAAAUCCAGCACUGCGGAGGCAUCACUGCAGCUGUGGCUCUUCUGCAGGAGACAGACUCUACAGAGAUGCAGAAGCAGCUCACCGGUCUUUUGUGGAACAUGUCAUCAGCCGACAGCCUCAAGCCAGAUCUGCUGAAAAAAGCUUUGCCCGUUCUGAUGGAGCGUGUGGUCCUCCCCUACACAACCAUGGGCAACAAUACAGACCCAGAGGUCUUUCUUCACACCACAGAAUGCCUUAGAAAUAUGAGCUGCACAAAACAAAGCUAUCGGCAGACGAUGAGGAACAGCCGGGGUCUGGUCGACUCUUUGGUCAGUUACGUGAAAGAUUGCAUUGAAGCCGGAAAACCAGACGAGAAGUCUUUAGACAACUGUGUGUGUACCUUGCACAACCUGACCUUCCAGCUGGAGGCUGAAGCUCCGGCUCUCUUCACGAGGAUCACCGCUUUGGCCAACAAUCUCAACCGGAAAAACAGCCACAACGACGUGGGCCCCAUCGGUUGUUUCAGUCCACAGAGCAAGGCACCGGAGCAUGAGCGUUAUUUUGACUUUGCGGUCAUAGAAGAGCCGCGUCCGAGUGGAGCAGGAUGGCUGAUUCAUUCCAAAACUAUUCAGAGCUACCUGACUUUGCUUGGAUCGAGUCAGAAAGAAGAAACACAAGAAGCGUCUUGUGGAGCUUUGCAAAAUCUCACCUUACACGACAGCAUAGUAUCCACAGUAAUGAGUCAUACUAUUGUGAACAAACUGAACGGACUUCAAGUCAUCGGCCCUUUGUUAAAGUCCGAUAAAGUAAACUUGCAAAGGAACGUAGUGUCUUUGGUUCACAACCUCACCCGGAACUCGAGCCUGCACAAGGCCUUAACCCGUAGCGUCUUACCGCAGCUGGUGGCUAUAAUCCGCUCAAAGGAAGAAAAUAAAUCUGACGACACUCUGGCCGUGGCCUGCCAGGCGGCGAAUUGUCUCUUCAUCAAGGACCCAGAGAUGAGCAAACACCUACUGAACAAGGACCUCAUAAACUCUCUGAAAGAUCUGAGCGGCAACAGUUUUCUACCUAAGUCCAGCAAGGCGGCCUCCCUGCUGCUCUACAACUUGUGGUCCGAAAAAGACACACAAAGCUAUCUUAAAAAGCUUGGCCUGAACAAAUCAUCUUUUGUGAAUGACAUCACCACAGCUGUGCACAAGUCGGUUCAAGUUGUUGAAUAA